AUGGAUAUGGAACCUGAGAAUGAUUGUGCUUGGAAGCUAAAACAUGGAAUGACAUUUGAUUCUGAACAAAGUGUGUAUGGUUUUUAUAAUACAUAUGGAGGAAGAAUCGGGUUUAGCAUAAGAAGGGAUUUUUGUAGGAAGAACAAGUUCACUAACCAACUUAUUUGUAGACUUUUGGUUUGCAACAAGGAGGGAUUUCGGAAGGUUGACAAACGAGACCCAUUGGCAAAAAAUCCUAGAGCUGAAACUAGGACUGGUUGUGAGGCUCGACUUUAUGUUAAAUUAGAUGAGGGUACUGGGAGAUUUGUUGUGACUAAUUUCAAAGAAAAACAUAACCAUGAUCUUGUAUCACCAGAGUGUGCCCACACGUUGCCAUCACAAAGAAAGAUAUCGACUACCCAAGCAAUUGAGUUAGAUUUGGCGGCACAAUCUGGUCUUCGUUUAGGCCAGUCUUUUGAACUCAUGGGUAAGGAAGCUGGUGGGAGGCAAUGUCUUGGGUUUACAAAAUUAGAUCAAAAAAAUUAUUUGAGAACCAAAAGACAACAAAGUUUAACAUAUGAGGAAGUAGGCAAUGUGUUGCAAUACUUUAAAGAAAAAUCUUUGCAGAAUCCUUCCUUCUUUUAUGCUUUUCAAUUAGAUAAUGAGGAGCAAAUAACCAAUAUGUUUUGGGCCGAUGCACAAAUGAUCGUGGAUUAUGCCCAAUUUGGUGAUGUUGUCACAUUUGAUACGACUUGCAAGUUAAACAAAGAACAUAGACCCUUUGCAUCUUUUGUGGGAUUCAGCCAUCAUAGGGAAACAGUUAUAUUUGGUGCAACAUUGUUGUAUGAUGAGACCGCCGAAUCGUUUGUAUGGUUGUUUGAAAAUUUUCUAGAGGCUAUGUCAAGAAAGGCACCAAAAACUUUGUUCAGCAAUCAAGAUGCUAUAAUGGCUAAAGCCAUACCUAUCGUUAUGCCUGACACAAGUCACCGAUUGUAUGCAAAUCAAUGGAAGUUAGAGUGGGCGGAAAUGCUUGAUAAAUAUGAUGUGCGUGAAAACCAUUGGUUGAAAUUGACUUUUGUGGAUUACAUUCGUUCUGAUUUUAACUUAAAUGAAUUCUUCAUGCAUUUCAAAAGGGUACUUUACGAGAAGCGAUGCAAGGAGUUAGAAGUAGGAUAUGCUUUGUGCCAAAGGUUGCCAAAGGUGAAAGCAACAAUAAGAAUGUUAAUUCAAAUGGGUAAUGUCUACACAAAAAAGAUAUUUGAGAAAUUUCAAAAUGAGUACUUUCGAUCCAUUGAAUCAGACAUAGAAGCAAUUGAAUAUGGCGAUGCUCGUACCAUUUACACAGUUGUUGAUGUUGCUAACAAACAUGCAAGGAAAUUGAAGAUGGGGAGGGAUGGCUCUUUCAGUUGUAAUUGUACAGAGUUUGAAAGGGAAGAAAUCUUGUGUUGUCACUCAUUGAAGGUUAUUAGAGACAUAUUGAAGAUGAAAGAGGUUCCUCCACAAUACAUUCUAAAGAGGUGGACCAAACAAGCAAGAGCCGAAACUGUGAAGGACAUUAAGAGGAAUGACAUUCAAGUAGAUGUGAAAUUCCAACAAGCCUUGUAG